AUGGACAUCGAGGCAAAGCUCGUCGUCAGCAUCAACCCAGAUGUGCAAGAAGCCACAAAGGAGCUGGAUGCAGCAGACGUUCGCUUUUUCAUGGAUCACUCGAGAACAUUCUCUGCCGACUGGGUGCCAGAGAUGAAUGAUGUGUCAGCGGGGGACUCUUCGACAGCGGACUCGUCGUCCAAGUUGCAAGUUACGUCCGACAUGCAGCUGUCGAAGCCUUCCGAGAACCUCCGCGUCAGUCGCCGAAUCUCCAUGCCGGUGGUGGACUGCGUCGAUGAGAAAAUCCUCGAUGUACAGACACAGGAGUACUACCGCUUCGGGGAGUCUACUUGGGACCUGGUCCUGUUCAUCGGAACCGGUGCCCUCGGGCCCUUGGGCUCCCUUCAAACCUUUCUACUGGCCUUGAGCAGCGUGGCCAUGCAGAUUGUCUUCACUGGCAUCGCUUGGUACAACUUCCUCCAACCCGAAGUGGAUGACACCACAAUCCGGGAUGCCUUCCGCUGGCGUCGUUCAGCAGGCCAUGCGCUGAGCCAGUAUGAUCCGCUCUCGAAGUCGUCACUGGCUGAGAGGGUCUGCGCGCUGGACAUGUCGUUGCCAGCAUCUGGAAUUCAGAUGUCCCUCUAUGAGAACAUCGUCCGGUAUGUGAAGCCUUCAGCCGAAGGCUUCGAGUCCUUCUUCACUGGAGAGCGGCUCUGCCUCGUGGCCCUGAUCUGCUGGUACCUCAUGGUGGCCAAGGAGGUGAACCACGGCUUGGCACUACACCGCGGGAUCAUCGCCACGCCCCUGGGAACCACCCGCAUCAACAGUCGGGAGAACCCGUUCACCCUGGUCACGCACUACAGGCUGAUCGCGGUGUCAAGAUGGCGGAAAGCCGCCAGUGGCUUGCUGCUUGCCUAUCGGUUGCUGGCCGCGGCGGCCCUCCUCUACGUGGGGACUUUCUUCUUGGUGUACACGAUCAACGUCACGGAGCUGAUCCUCAACGCGGUGGCUCUCGCGAUUAUCCUCGACAUCGACGACCUGCUCUUCGAUGCACUGGCCACCACGCCGGGUCGCCACCUGGUGAACCAGAUGGACCCUCUUCCCAUGAAGCCACUACCGCGGCUACGGGGCGCGGACCUCAAAUCCACGUGCAUGCUGGUUCUCAUCCCUCUCGCCACGGCGUUCGUCUACGCCAACAUGCUGGCGCCCAUGGUCACCACCUUAGUGAGUGCCCAGGAGGCCCUGUGCGGAGGUAACCUGAAGUUCGUUUGGACCACAGACGCCCGCAGCGUGGUGCUCUUCAGCCCGACACAGGGCGACGGCUGGAAUGACCCUGGGUUAGAGUUGCAGUUCAAGGCCAUCGAUGAAGCCGAGAUUUUGCUCGAGAGGGAGGAAUCCUCUUGGGGUGUUUGGCUGGAUGGCAUGGACGACCUGGCCGAGACGUCGACGCUGGACGUGGAGCGGGCGGUGGACUUGGCCAACCCACGCUGCGGCGACCUGGGAGACACGGAGCCACUUCGGAACUACCUACGUAGUUUUUUGGGGAACCAGAGCGUCAUGGGGUGUUUGGAUGCCAAACCCUACUGUGACCUCCUAGAUGGGAGCAAGGGCAAGGGCUUUGCUGCACGCAUGUUCUGCUCGGAUACCUGUGGUUGCAAUGAACCAGCCGGAGAGUUUAUGAAAACACAGGGCUGUCCCUACGGGCUGGGCCGGCCUUGCUGGUCCUCGGAGGCCUUCCUGCGGAACCUGCAGCGUUCGAGCUGCGAGGAAAAGUCUGCCGAAGAGCUCCGGUCAGAUGCGUCCUGGUCUCAGUGGGUUCAAUCCGUCAGGGCCGUUGGGGAAUCGGAGGCCACUCGUGAAGGAAAGGCAGAAGCCUUGGUUCUUGCAGAUGCCAUGUGGGAGCAUGGCUGUUCCUUCGGCGACAAGCUUACGGAGAUGAACGUGACAUGGGGGACUUGCUUUUCUUGGAGGUUUGACUGGGGUCUGAAAACCAUGGAAGGCUUCUGCCCAACAACCUGUGGCUGCGACGCCAGCAAGGACGACAGCUCGGCGUGUCCUCGGCCUUUGGGAAGGAACUGCGAGACGAUCUCCGAGUGCAUCUUUGCGGAUUUCAGGUACUACUGUCCUGAUGAGACCUCCAUCCUUGUGGGGAAAGCGGAGCUCAAGCUCAACGACGCAGUCUUCCAGCUGUACUCUGCCCAAGUCGCCUCAGCUCUUCAGGCCUCCCUUGCGAACCUUACUGGGCAUGGCGUGCGACCACGUCAUGUCCAGGUCGCCGAGCGUAUCCCAUCAAGUUCAUCAAGGAGGCUGGUGGCCCGGAGGCUGAACCUAGUGAAGAUGGAAUACUCCUACACCGUCUUCCUCACCGCCCCGGGUGUGGAUGAAACCGCAGCACGGGAGGCGCUGAAAGCGCCCACCGAGCGGGAGGCCAGCGACGCCUUCAUCCAUCACCUCCUUGAGGCGGGGCUGCCGACGGACCAGACGGCCGAUGCCGCAUUGGACAUCAAGGUGAACUCCGCACCCGGUUCCAGCAAUGGCCCUUCCCCUCCCACCAGCAACAUGAGCACUACGAGCACGACGCCCGCGCCGAGCCAUGAGGGGGCCAAGUGA